GAGCCGCACGGGGGCGCCUGGAAGGGCGUGACCGCACCGGCGCUAAUUACUGGAUAACUACAAAAACGGGGCGUGGCUUCUCCGCCGCCCGGCCAAUGGCUGGGCAGCCUGCGUGAGUCGCCAUGGUGACGGUGUGCGGCUUGAGUGCGUGAUGAGCUGACAGGUGCGUGGCAGUCAGCGGGGCUCCAGCAUGUACUCCAGGAGCAGGAGCGCGCGCGUGCCGUCCGACAGCCAGGCGCGAGAGAAGCUAGCCCUCUAUGUUUAUGAAUAUCUGCUUCAUGUUGGAGCUCAGAAAUCAGCACAGACCUUUCUCUCGGAGAUCCGAUGGGAGAAGAACAUCACGCUGGGCGAGCCGCCUGGGUUCCUGCACUCCUGGUGGUGUGUUUUUUGGGAUCUCUACUGUGCGGCUCCAGAGAGGAGAGAGACGUGUGAGCAUUCGAGCGAGGCCAAAGCUUUCCAUGACUAUAGUGCAACAGCAGUGCCCAGUCCUGCGAGUGGGAACCUCCCUCCUGGAGAGGGAAUGCCAGUACCUCCUGGAUUCUUCCAGCAGUUCAUGUCCCCUCGCUGCCCUGGCGGUCCCCGAGCUGCACUCAGAAUACCCGCUCAGGCAAUGGGUCCAGGCAGUCAGCCGCUCUUAAGUGGGAUGGAUCCUAUGAGACAGCCUGGCCACCCCAACAUGAAUGGGCCAAUGCAGAGAAUGACCCCUCCAAGAGGAAUGAUUCCUAUUGGACCUCAGGGCUUCGCUGCUGGAAUGCGGCCUCCUGUACAUACCCUAAUGGGACCAGCGAUGCCUGGCAUGGCUCCGGGAGGAGGGAGGCCUUGGCCAAAUCCUCCAAACGCCAACUCUAUAUCAUACUCAUCUUCAUCUCCAGGCACGUACACGGGUCCUGCGGGGGGAGGGGGAGGACCACCGGGCACACCGGUCAUGCCAAGUCCUGCAGAGUCGACCAAUUCAGGCGACAACAUGUACAGUGUGAUGAGUUCAGUCCCACCAAAUGGAAACAGACCAAAUUUUCCUGUUGGCCCUUGUGCUGAUGGUGUAAUGGGAGGUGUGGCAGGAAUGGAACCUCACCCACUGAAUGGAUCAUUAGCGUCGGGUGACAUUGACAGCCUCCCCAAGAGCUCUCCCGGGAAUCUGAGCAUGAACAACCAGCCGAGCACGCCAAGAGAUGAUGGAGAGAUGGGCGGCAAUUUCCUCAACCCUUUUCAGAGUGAGAGUUAUUCUCCAAACAUGACGAUGAGCGUGUGAGAGACUGAGCAGACUGACACAUUGACAGAUCCGCUAAGAUUCUCAUGGGAUGGGAUAGCGCUGUGUUCCCCAAAGGACUGGAGCGUGGACGGGGUGCAAUAUUCACUCAUCUCCAAACUUUCAUCCGAGACCAAAUCUGAACAUCCCAUGAACAUGAACUAUUCACAAACCUGGACAGUCCAUGAAGAGGAACCUGAAUAUACUCGUAUUUGUAUAUAUCACUUCAAAAAUGUUGCUCUAGACGUGAGCCUCAACAAGGACAAAGCAACCCAAGAGGUUUACCAGUGAAACUCCUGCUAGAUCCCUCAUGCUGUUUAGUAGUCUUGAUCCAUACUUCGUACUUCGUACGUCUUGGUAUUGCACACUAUAUGUUAAUCCUCAUAGGUCAUUUUGCUAUGGUCUGCGGAAAAUGGAGCAAAGGAUUUGUUCUAAUACAAUGAAGAUGGAGCUCUCGGUUUGGUUUAAUGUACAGUUUUUCUCAUUGCUGGAAGCAUCGUAAUUGGCCGACUCUCUGCUUUUGAGAUUUUCUGUUUCUGACAUGUGUUGUACUGACAUUGACAGAAUUAUUGCUAUAAAGCUCAUUUUCAAUGUU